UCUAUUUACGACCAUUGUUUGAAGGAAGAGGUCGCAGGCUAAAAUAGUAUUGUUCUUCAUGUGAGAAGUGGAGUUGAUUUCAUAUGUCUUUACAUUGCCUUAGAGUCGUAAACAUUUGUAAUAGUAAACGGUGAGAAAAGUGAUGGCGGUCUGGAGACUGUGGAGACUGUGGAUACUGUGUGGUGUCGCACUACUCGCUAUAGAGGAUGGUUCAGCUUUCCUGAUUCAGUUUAACAUCGGAGGGUGACCAGGAACAUCACACACGAGGAAAGAAAAAACUUGAGAUUGAUUAUCGGUGGUUGUGAACAGGGUAGUGUGGACGUUGUUGAAGAAUCAGAUCCCUCAUUUUCAUGUGAUGCCCUCAGGACUAGACUACAAUGGACAGUUUAUAAUGACAAAAUGGAAACUAUUUUUUCCGGUGUUUGCUUUCGAUUGCGUUGCUCUUUUUGGAACAAGUUUUAUUUACCCGUGGACUUAAAAUACUUUGCGAAUGAAUAUGGCAGAUCCACACUUACAAUGAAAGGGAUCACAAGAAACUCAGCUCGCACCUUGUCUUGCAACGACUCCUUGACGUACGCCAGGUGUGACUUAAGAAUAAUUGCGAAACCAGUGUAUAGAGACUGCAGUGUAAGUAUUUCAAACUGGAUGGUGACUGGGAGCUGCACAGUGACAGGAAUGUAUUCUUCAGACAACAACUACACGUGCAAAUGGAGGGAGGAUAAAAAAGAGGAAUUUGGAGGUUUUCAAACCAGUCUGACAAGUUAUAUAAAUAACUCAAGGACUUAUACUAAAGGAGUUUGUUCUUUUGCAAAACCAAUGCCCCUAACUAGGGGCAACUAUACGUACAGUGUAAGCGUGUCGCCAGGUGCUGAUGACUACUUCAAUAAACAAAUUUACAUAGAUAAGCCAUAUGGGGUACAAAUCAAUCACAACUGUCCUGAGUAUGUUUUUGAGGGCUCAGAUGUAAGCUGUACAUGUUAUGCAUCAAGAACUGUAAGUCCACCAGCUCUACUUGUGUGGGAAGGAAGGAAUAAUGCAACCCUUUUGCUAAUAAAUGUAAACCGGCGAUUAGACCAACAACAGUUCACAUGUCGACUAGAGUGGACUCCAGACGGCUCCACUAAACAAAACACUUCUUACAUACUCAAAGUAGCUUAUGGCCCCUUAGAUGCCGUGAUCACCACCAGUGAAAUGAAGACAGAAUAUGAGACAGAGACGAUAACUUUAACCUGCACAGCGACUGAUGUUUAUCCGUCAGCAGUUUUUCAAUGGAAUGUCACAUGUUAUAAUCGGACUGACUACAGAGACUCCAGUACAUGUUCCUUCAACUUCACUGAGAAGAUUAAAAGUCUGGCAAUAUUAUGCAAAGCUAGCAACACAUAUUAUCAUCAAGCGAAUGUUUCUCGCGUAUACAUCCUUUCCUCUUUGGGAAGACCGCAAGCAAACACGGGUAGACCUAAUGCCGGGUUAAUUGGUGGCAUUAUUGCAGCUGUACUUCUUGUACUCAUUGUUGUUGCAGUUUUGAUUGUGUUCAUCAUUAAACGGAGAAAGGAUCCAGUGUAUGACACGACUAGAAAGCCUGAUGAGAACGAGCACAGCUACGAGGGCCUCCCUCUCAGUAGACCUAAACUGUUGCCAACUGCAGUUUUUCGGGCAGGAGCAGGCGAUGAAACAGCAACAAGUCCAGACAGCGAUGAGCAUCACUACGAAGAAAUGACCAUGACAGGCCAAAAUGCUCCUCAGCAUACAGAUUCAAUUUAUGUUCUACGAUGCCGACGACUGUUCCCAGCGAUGACAUCUUCACACAACUAAUAUCAAAGCAAUGAGUGUUGUUCUGUAUUGAGGUAUUUUAGGCAGACAGUUUGAGUAUCUUGCUGCUUUGCUCAAAUCUGUAGCGUAAACUUAAGCGCAUCUCAUUCUAUUUAUAAUAGUAUUUUAAAAGAAAUAGUUUGCUUAUAAUUUUUAAAUUGUAAUUUAAUACAGUUUUUAUAAAGAUGUAUAUAUGUACUUUAUAAGUAUAGAUUAAUGAGGAUACAUUUAUACUUCACAAUGCUACAUUUUUUUACUUUAUAUAAGAUACUUUGUAUAUAUAUAACAGUAUAUAUGCACUGUAGAACUAGAGGGUAUUGCAUUCAUUUAUUUCUUCUUUAAAUUGCCUUUUUUAUUUUAUAACUUCAUUCAUAGUUUGGAAUGUUUGUCCUAUCUACCUUUUAAAAUAUUAGUUUUUAUCGGCUUUACAUAUAUAUAUAUAUAAGACGAUUGUCCUGUAAUGAUUUUUUUUUUGAAGAGAAUAUUGCUGUUGUUAAGUAGCAUAUAUUUUAUAUUGUGAAAAAUACAAAUGUAUUCGGCUUUUGAACAAAAAACACAUUGCUGUAAUACAGACAGGCUAAACAUAAUAUUAUUAAAUAAACUUUACAAGUUGUAGCUAAAACUUUUGUUUUUUGUAUAAUCAUGCUUGCUCAUCUCAGUGCAUUUACAGCUUUUACUCAGGCAUUUUGAAGGAGAUAGAACAGGAAAACCAAGUUCGGUAUACAACAAUAACACCACCCAGUCGUUGAUUGCUUGUCAAAAGAGGUGAAAUGUAGUAAAGAGUAAACCAUUACUACAAAUUGUUAUUGAGCAGCCUGACUGUGCUCAAAACUUCUAAUGAUGCCAUUUGUAAUCACGAAAAACAAUAGCCAAAAGACUGGCGUUUUUCUUAAUGAGUCUAAUGUGAAAGCUGACCUAAAAAACCAUCAAAAUACAUACAUAAAAACAAACAAACAAACAAACAAAACACCAACACAACUGUUUUACCUUUUUGGGGAUAGUCUUUACAGUUUGAGUUGGGGAAAAUUUGAGGUGGAUUGUGAUGCUGACACAUUUGCUCAAAAAGAUAAGAACUAUAGGCAGGUGAUCUUUUAACAGUCUAAGACGUGCUUUGGCAAUUCUUAUUACAUAUAGUACUUCUGUAAUAAACCAAUGAACUCAAUAUUACAGCUGCCGUAGGGUUAGCUAAUAAAUUUUUGCUGUCUUUGUUCUCUAAUUAAGCCAGCGAGACUGCAUACUUAACAGUCCGACAUAAAAGGAUCAAAGAGCUUAAAUUCAGUCAAACGGGAAAAAAAAAAACUUGGAGCAUCAAUUCAAAGCACACAAACGAAAAUUCGUUCCUGUACUAAAUAGGUUGAUAGAAAAAAUACAGCUUGACGAGAAAAGGGCCUUAACUACAAGAUUAUUAUGUAUAAUUCCCCCCUUCAGUAGCCAUCUUAUCACAUACUUCUUUACGUUUUUACUCUCAUAGGCUUCAUGAAGUGAACAUUAAAAAGAAACCAAAGUGUUGUAAUCAAUAGUCAAAACUGUAAUAAAUACACUAUAUUUCUUAAUGCAUAUAUAUAUUGUAAAAGUAGCAAACUCAUUUUGGAAAUGUUAAGUAAACAUUCCUUGUCAUACGG